GGAUAAAUGACCACCAAGAAGCCCCCAACCCGGAGGACCCCCAAAGAGGGUCCAGAAAUGAGGUCUUACUCUUUCAUUGCAGUCUUACCCAAGUAAGCUUCGUGUCAUAAAUACUGAAAGUCGGGCCUUCGAGAGACAACGCUUCCCCAAAAUCCCCCCCCUGAUGCCUUCUCUUGCACUUCUCGACAUCCUGUGAUUUUUUGCGCUUCGCUUCUUGCCAGAUCGGUCUAUUUUGCUUUGGGUGAUCUCGCCCGUCCACUCGUUCGAAAUGCAUUCACCUUCCUUCGCCUCCCGGUGGCCCCGGAGAAAGACCUACUCGAUUGCAGUGGGUCUGACGAUAGCGACCAUUCUGCUUGUCCUUUGUUACCGCGCACCUUCGAUAUCCCUGAGAGGUAUCGCGAUGAAAACCUCCGCCGAUGAUCUCUACAAUACACCACAUUCCAAUUUCUUUCAAACUGUGAAAUCUUCUACCAAGUCUUCCCAAACAAACCCAUCAUCAUCACCGGCAUAUGACUUGCCUCCGGGUGUCUUUGAGCUCAUCCGGCCUCACGUUACUUCGAUCACGGCCAAAAACUUUACUAGCCGUACUGGCAAAGUGUACCAGCUUCCCGAGGCCCCUAGAUUCACAAAGCCUAUGAGAAACCAGAUCCUGAUUCUCGAUGUCGAGAGCCGAGAUAUUGGUGGCCCAGGUGGCCUUCUCGACGAUGGCACCCCCAGCACUGAUGACUUGCAAGGUCUGACCCUUGGACGGCUGAACCACUAUAUGUUUGCAAAGCUUCACGGGUAUGAUUAUCAACUUGUGCAACUCCCCGUGGACCCCACUCUGCACGGAACCUGGAACAAGGUCCCUGCGAUGCGUGAGGCCAUCAAGCACUACGAAUACGUCGUCUUCAUGGACGGCGAUGCCAUCUUCACACACCCCCAUCUCCCACUGGAAUGGCUCCUCAAUUAUUGGGGCGUAUCCGACAACACCACCAUGGCCUUGGCCGAGGAUCCUAGUGAUCCUUUCUUCCUCAACGUGAAGAGGCUCGACAUCAACUUGAACACCGGCUUCGUGAUCGCCCACCAGACCCCACGAAGCGAAGAAUUCUUCGAAGCCUGGAUGACCUGUCCCGACGAGACACGCUACCCGGGCUGCGGUAUGUGGAAGCUGACCCACACCCAUGAACAGGCCGUCGUCAACGAGUACCUCCGCUACGAUUACCCCGAGGAGAUUCAGAUCCUCCCGUGCACUGAGGCGAAUCGCUACCCGAACUCGGGAGAUUGCGAGGGCGAGUUCAUCUCGCACUAUUGGCCCUUCAAAGAUAUGAUUCCAGCCGGUGCCAAGGAGGUUAUGGCUCAGUACUUCUGGCCCCCACUCCAAAAGGCAUACUCUCAUGAUCGAGACAACAUUGUCAUUGCGAUGGAUGCACCGGCCAAGGAAGAGGACACUCACGAUACCAAGAAACCGGACGCCGAAGCACGGCAUACGGCUUGAUUAACAUAGCUGGCCUUCGCGAGCAAGGAGGGGUCAAUAUCAAUUUUUACUAUCCUUGAGUUGCAUCCCAUCUCAUCUUCCUUAUGCUACAAAUCAUGAUUAUGGAAAUGACUGAAUGGUUUUGCAAACACCUGUUGAACCUAUGAGAAACUCAGCCUCCUAAGACAAUCUUCACCCAGGCCGCCAGAGGUGAGGGAUAGGCGCGUGAUUAUAGCUUCGGACACCCGUUGCGAUUCAAGUAUAUCUUCC